AUGUCCGAUGUUUCGGAGGAGACAGCUGCAAAUGAGCCACCGGCACAAUCCUCGCAGACGCGGUGGGAGUUCAUCGAUGCUUCGAACAAAAGCCGAAGCAAUCUCACCCGAGUCAAGCGCCAUGUGAUGCACGAAUAUAUGCGGCAAAAACGCGGUGGCGUGCCGCAACCAGACAACGAGAAUGGCGAAUCGGUGAAGGAAAAAGAGGAAUCACAGCCAAAGGUUCGCAGGCGAUCGAGGAACAAGAAUGCGGGAAAGAGUAGUACCACCGAGAAGGAGACAAAGGACCGUGGCAAGGGCCGGAGGAGAAAGAGCCCUGACGCUUCGACAGAUACACAAAUGGAGGUUGAAUCCAUGCGCGAGGAUUCCUUAGGGGAGGGUUCAUCGACAGGGUUUGGAGAGAGUCAUAUCUCAGCAGCUGCAGGCGAGACGAACACGGAUACUCUCGUCUCUGUUUCACCACAGGACACUAUUCAGCUUCAACCGUUUAUUUCACCUUCCGACUUCUCCAAAUCCUAUUCGUCUGGUGACCAGAGCAGCAACUCCGAGUCAGACGUCCGGACACCGUUGUCUUCCGCUCCGACAACUCCAUACGCGCUGACCCUCUCCCCCAAAUCUAUUCUCAGCGCAGCGCGUACUGACCCGUUCAACACUUUGCCUAUGGAUUUGGAUGCGGAGGGUCGCAAACUCUUUGACUUCUACGUCAACGAGAUGCCGGCUUGCUCUUACGGCAACCACUUCCGGUCACUUAAGGCUCAUAAUUGGUACACGGCCGUAUUUGUCCCCGAGGGCAUGAAAGGCCCGGUCGCCUUCCAGAACACGAUCCUCGUCCACGCGGCCAACACGUGGGCCUGGGUCCGGAACGAGGAGGAAACGAAGAUGACUCUGGUCCAUCGUAACCGGGCCAUCUCCAUGCUCCGAGAGCAUCUGGCUGCAAACCCCGGAGACAUUAGCGACGUGGCCAUCAUUGCAUGCCUCAGUGCAGCCGGUCUGGAGGACUUUGACCCCCGGCCCGGACGCAAGCAGAUCAGCUGGAUUCACAUGCGAGCUGCUCGGGAGAUGAUUCGAGCGCGCGGUGGGCCGGUAGCGUUCGAGAAUACCCGGCUGGGGAUGUUGAUCAACUGGCAGGACUAUAUUCUGUCGGGCUAUGAAACUCAUGGACCGAGCUUUUUCUUUGAGCCCAAUCCACCUAUCCCUUCACACCUUGAUAUUACCCCUCUGACUUCAACGACGGAGCCUUCCCUACCAACUUCCUCAUGGCUUUCCACCGAUUUUGAGGGUGUACCUUCUGAAACCCCUCCCUUCUCCCCCAGAGAUGAACUCCGACACCAAUGCAACGAAUUCAUCGAGUUCCUCAAACGCUGCGAGCAACUCGCCCUCCACCAGCACACGCACACCAACCCCGCCAUCGCACCCAUGCGCCACACUGCCUUCCAACCUAACUCCCUUCUAUACCAGAUUCUCGCCGCUCCGCCAGGCGUCCGAUUCACCGCCUCAGGCAACCGCAAACAAUUCGUCGCCCGCCUCGUCGCGCUGAUCAUGUUCAACGCCGGUCUCUGGGACUAUCGCUCGUCCAUUGCUCACAGCGAGACCUUUCUGCACACGCUGGAGCAGGCCGUGCUCGAAAGCGAGGUCAACAUGAGCGGCUCUGUGGAGGCGCUGCUGCAGAUCAUGCUAGAGUGCAACGACGGGACGGCCACCCUCAGCACCGGUCCGGACUUCCCCUCUAUCUUCGUGCUGGAUGAUCUCGAGCCCGCCUCGCCUGAUUUCACGCAGUACUCACCCACUGCCCGAACGCCGUACGGCCGACCUUGGUUCGCCGGACGGAUGCUCAAGGUCGCGAAGCGCCUGGGCUACGAGACGUGGAUGCGCGUCAGUGAUUUCCUGUUGGGGUGCUUGACGCUCCAGGCGGGGGAGGACUCGGUUGCAGGGUGGGAGGGGGCUCUUCGACAGGAGAUCCUUAGUGCGCCGCUUACGAGCUAUGUUAUGCCUGCGUUGAGAUGA